AUGCUUGCCAUCAUAUCGUCGGGGGAAUGCAGCAUGUCCGUCGCGGGGUGCAUGAUCCAGUUCUAUUUCCUGGGUGUUCCAACGGUUGCGCAGUGUCUACUAUUGGGCGCCAUGUCAUUCGAUCGAUUUGUUGCCAUCUGCAAUCCAUUACAUUACAUAAGUAUCAUGACCUUCAAGCUGCAGCUUCACGUUGUGAUUGUGUGUUGGCUACUGGGCUUCUCGUUGGUUUUCAUCAUUUAUAUUUUCUUAGCAGAGUUAGAAUUCUGUGAUUCCAACAUCAUUGACUAUUUCUAUUGUGACAUAACCCCCGUCGCAGAUAUUUCAUGUUCGGAUACCGCGGCCGUUGAGCUGGUGACCUCUCUGUUGUCCGCUCCGCUUGUCCUCUCUCCAUUUCUGUUUAUCGUUGUCACCUACACCUUCAUCCUCCUCACCAUCUUCAGAAUCCCAUCCGUGUCCGGGAGAUGGAAAGCCUUCUCCACCUGUACUUCCCAUCUGACCGUGGUGUGCAUGUAUUACGGGACGCUGGCGAUAAAUUACGCGGUUCCGCGUAGAGUACACUCCAUCAAUGUGAGCAAGGCCCUUUGCCUGAUGUACGUGGUUGUGACCCCGUUCUUUAACCCGAUUAUCUAUAGCUUGAGAAAUCGAGAUAUCAGGAGAGCUAUCCAGAAAUCUGUAAACGUUUGGAGGAAAUGGGUCCAAAUGAAAGACUUCUGA